AGUAUGAAGAAAAUGGAGAAAAGAAGUAUGAGUCACAUCCUUCAUCACCCUUGACUUAUUACAACUUUGACUUGGUUGGAAUUGAAUGUCCCGAAAUCGGAUUAGAUUAUGAAGAGCAAGAACCAUCUUCUUGA